AUGGGAAAAAGAAAAAUUGUGAGCAACAUAGUUGUGGCUAAAAAGAAGAAAGAAGAGCUGGUGGAAGAUGAAGAGGAGAAGGAAGCAGUGAGUUAAUUUUUGGGUCGAGAAGCCUGGACCGAAGCCUGGACCUUUUGGACCGAAGCCUGGACCUUUUGGACCGAAGCCUGGACCUUUUGGACCGAAGCCUGGACCUUUUGGACCGAAGCCUGGACCUUUUGGACCGAAGCCUGGACCUUUUGGACCGAAGCCUGGACCUUUUGGACCGAAGCCUGGACCUUUUGGACCGAAGCCUGGACCUUUUGGACCGAAGCCUGGACCUUUUGGACCGAAGCCUGGACCUUUUGGACCGAAGCCUGGACCUUUUGGACCGAAGCCUGGACCUUUUUGGGCCGAGAAGACUGGGAGGCCUCCCUGAGCUUUGUAGAACUUCAUACACAAAUUUUGAAAUCCUAAAAACCUUUCUGAAUUUUCUAAAAGCUUGGACCAAGUUUUUAGAAGUUCAGAAAUAUUUUUAAAGAUCCCAAAAGCCACCAAGAAGUUCUGAAAUUCCUUUUAAUAGCUUAUAAGAUUCUAUAGAAGUCCAGACGAAUUUCUAGAAGGCCCAGACAGAGCUCUAGAAAUCUCAAAAACCUCCCAGAAAUUCUCCAAUUCCUGGCAUAGUCCUGAAAAGCCAAAACUAUCUGGAUCUAUCUAGAAAAUUCCCAUGAUUCAGUAGAAGUUUACGCUAAACUCCAGAAGAUCUAGAAUGUCCCUGAACUCUUUCACCAAUCUCGAAUUUUCCAAUUUCUCUUCCAGACCUACGACGAUCUUCCAACCGAGAUAAAAAUGGAAAUCAUCAACAUGCUUGGCGCUGCAGGUAGAUCAAAUAUGUCGCGAGUCUCAAAAUUAUCCGAAGCCCUUUGCAAAAUGUCACCAUACUUUCUACAAAGUCUGAAAUUCAUAAUUAUUGGUAAAAAACCGAGAAUUAUUGUUUCACAUUCACGUGAAGGUAGAGAUUAUGUGCUGCUUUUUGGGGAAAAUGAGAUUAUUUGGUGAGCACAACAAAAAAUCGAUAACUCUUUAAAAAAAUGUAAAAUUUUCAGCGAAAAACGUGGAAUUGAAUUAUGGCGGGAAACACUGGCCACCACCAAAUCAGAAAUUCAACAAGCUUGCGAACAUUUUGCAAAAAUGCUUCAGCAAUAUCACAAAACCAUUCGAGUUAUUCAUAUUUAUCCGGAAAAUGCGCGAAAUUUCGAAUUUGCCAAUAAUUUGCAAAAGCUCGAAAAAUUGGAAUACCUUCAAAUCACAAUUCUAAAAGGUUUCGAUUAUCGAACUUUUUUUGGACAACUUCAAAAGCCUUUGAAAACUCUCUACAUUUAUAAGGGAACAUCUGAAAAAGGCGGCUAUUGAGGGUAUCUUGGAAAUUGAUCAGGUUAGAAUUUUCUCUGGGCUCUCUCUCUCUAACUAACUAAUUUUAUCUCAAUUUCAGAUCUAUGAAACUCGAGGAAAACUUUAUAUCAAAGAUUUUUAUUUGAAAUAUGAGCAACUCAUCAAACUCAAAGCAAGUUAUUGUGAAUUUAAAAUCGGAAAAAUGACCGAGGAAAAUAUCGCAAACUGGUUAGAAUUGUAUCGAAAUGGAGAAUGGCAUCAUACUGUACGCAACUAUAUUAUGGAAGUCGAUAACAAAACUUUUGAUUGUCACAAAUUGUGGAGACUUCUUGGAUCCAGAGAGAGAGAUCUGUAAGUUUCUUUUGAAAUUCUGUUUUUUUUUCAAAUUCAAAUAUUUUUUUCAUUUUCAGCUACAAAUACCUUGCAAUUCGAACAAGAGCCGAUCGCAAAAAGAUGUUGCAUUUGAAAUUUUCUAGUAGAUUUUUGGUGUUGAGAAAUAUUACCGCCGAAUUCUUCGGAAAUAAUCGAUAA